AUGCAGCCACCAUAUGAGCCCUUCACCUGGCGACAAACCAAGUCAGGACGGUGGGAACGUGAUGUUGACGAGGUCGAGCAGUUCUAUACUACCCUGGCAAAACGGUUCCAAGGGAGCGGUCGCGUCUUUUUCGCCUUGACCGCUCAUGUUUCUUUCUCUAUUGCAACCGAUCCUACUUCCGAUGCGAACGAAGCUCGCGUUCUCAAUGCACUGCGCAUAGCUUGGUUGCGACUACGAUACGACCAUCCCACCAUCGCAUCAUGGGUGGAGUAUAACCACGACGCGAAGAAAUGCCACAAGAUCUACGAAACUUUUGGCGGCGAGGGGGAGACAGCUUGGCUGAAAAACACAUUCCAGGUAAUUUCCAAUAACCAGUCGGGCCACGAAUGGUGCAAUUCGAACCCCCCCGUGCCUAAACUGCCGACCUUGUUCCUUAUCAAACGUGCGCCAGUCGACGGCCAUUUCCGCGCUGACCUCGUACUCCGCUCGCAUCAUGAAAUUAUUGAUGGAAUUGGAUCGCUUCAUCUCCUGGACAACCUUUUCAAAUGUGCGUCUGAGGCAUUUGAUCGCCCAGAGACUUUCCCCAUUCCCGAGUUCAGUGAUGAAUGGAAGAAUCUUAGCCCGCCGUUGAAAACAGCCGCUUCUAUUCCUGAUCUCGAUGUCCCAGAGCAAGAUCCUACGCUUAGGAGUAUCAUGGAUAGAAAUACCGCGGUUCUCGAGGAGGCUGAGAUUGCUCAAAUCCCUCAUCAAUCGGGAGCGACCGUCCCAGGAUACCACAAACGAGUCUCGCUGACUCUCAGUGAAGAGCAGACUCAACAACUUUUGGCGGCGAGCAAGAAACUAGAUGCUAGCAUCACGCAUGUCUACCAUGCCGCAAUCGCCAUCAUUGUUCGUGAUUUGCAAACGCGAGAGCACGAGAAGCGAAGAGUGAGAUACAUUAGCUACUCGCCAAUCAAUGAGCGCAGUCAAUGCAAGGAACCGUACAACAAGCCACAGCAUGCUGCUUCUGUUUACCACUCUGUCUCCGGGCAAAGUCUUGCGAUCGAUUUGACGGUGCCAGCUCUCGGAAAGUCCAAUCCAACAACCGAAGAGAGGAAAGCCGAGUUUGUACAAACGGUCAAGCAGGUCAAAGACUACUACCUGAAUAUGCGAGAUGACAAGGAACAUAUCCGUCUUGUUCCCUCGUAUUGGUAUCUUUCCACUCCCCCGUAUCCCCCGGGAUUGGAAGAUCCCCCAGUUCCGCCUCCAAACCCUGCACCAUCAGCUUCAAUCGCCAGUCUGGGAGUGAUUGAACACAUUCUGGCCCCCACACAUGGUAAAUUCGAACUGGACGAUCCAUGGGUAACGGGCGACGAACUCGGAACCGGACUUGGACUCUUCCUGGGCACAUUCCGCGGUCGUAUGUCGUUAAGUGCGGCAUUUAACGAUGCCUGGCACGAUGGAAACGACGCAAAGGACUUUGUGACAAGAUGUAAUGACCUAGUGAUUGAAAUGCUGUAA